GAGUGGGUGGUUCCUCAUGCUCAUAUAUAUAUAAAGUUGCCAGAAUUUUUGAACAUCACUCACUCAAACUAGUUCAUCCGGCGAGCCAAAUCACAUUUAGACAUGAAGCUCGCAGUGGUAAUCCUAGCUUGCGUGUUGGGCGCAGUGAGCGCUCAGCAGAACCGCGCCAGUGCCUUCGCCAGCGUCAACCCUGGACGGUACAACCAGCAGUACGACCGGUACAACUCACAGUACAACCAGUACAAUCCGUACAACCAGUUCAACAAACAGUACAACCCUUACCAAAGGAACCAAUACCAGCGCUACCGGCCAGUGACCCCGGUGACACUGCGCCCGGUCGUCCCUGUGACCACCACCGCCGCUCCUCUGGACGUUGAAGUCGACUCCACGACCACAGGACCAGCGGCCGAGACCUACGCCCCUCUAGUCUCCUCCAUAGCCCCGACCGCCGCGCAGGUGCCAGCAGUCUUGGCCAGAGUUGCCGUGACCCAUGGAGCUGCCGCUAACAUCUUGAAGUAUGAGAACGAAGUCGGGUCGGACGGAAACUUCGGCUACUACUACGAGACGGACAACGGCAUCUCGGCGCAGGCGCAGGGCUCGCCGCGCAACUUCGGCGGGAACCCCCCGGUGGUGCCCAGCGUGGUGCAGGGCGCCUUCUCCUGGACCUCGCCUGAGGGACAACCCAUCUCCAUCACCUACGUCGCUGACGAGAACGGAUACCAGCCCCAGGGUAACGCCAUCCCCCAGCCGCCCCCAAUUCCCCCCCAGAUCGCCCGCGCCCUCGCCUACAUCGCCGCCAGACGAGCCUAGACUGCACCAGACAACAGCAAUUGUAAACAACAGAUAGUUGAAAAGACUUACCAUGCUACCGUUUAGAAUAAGUUACUAAUGAAAAUAUUUGAAUAAUAUGUGAUAUCUUCAAUCUAA